AUGUAUCAACUUCACAAGGAUCGUCUUCUUCCGCAAGCUGAAACAACAUGUGGAUCACUUCUUCAAGAACUUCAGAUAAUAUGGCACGAAGUUGGAGAGUCUGAGUCUGAAAAAGAUAGGAUGUUGUUUGAGCUUGAACAAGAGUGUCUAGAAGUAUACAGAAAAAACAUAGAUAAAGCUAACUGCUCUAGAGCUCAACUAAGGCAGGAAAUUGCUGAUUCUGAGGCAGAACUUACAGCAAUCUGUUCAGCAAUGGGAGAACGACCAGUACAUAAUAGACAGUCGGAUCAUAAGGCUAGAAGUUUGAAGGAAGAGCUAGCAAUGAUUCUACCUGAGCUGGAAGAAAUGAAAAAGAGAAAGCUUGAGCGUAGAAAUCAAUUCAUACAAGUCUAUGAGCAGAUUCAAAGUGUCUCAAAUGAGAUUUAUGGUCCAAGAGAAAUCAUCCCAUUCAUCCUAGAUGAAACAGAUUUAUCGUUGAGGAAACUUGAAGAAUUGCACAGACAACUUCAUACACUUCAAAAAGAGAAGAGUGAUCGUCUCCAGAAGAUCCAAGACAACCUGUACACUUUAACGUCUCUAUGUUCAGUACUUGGUUUAGACUUUAAGCAGACAGUCAGCGAAGUCCAUCCUAGUUUAGGAAAUUCAGAAGUACCUAAGAGUGUAAAUAAUGAUACCAUCAGCCGAUUGGCUUUAGCCACGCAAGAACUCCGAGGACUGAAAUUGCACAGAAUGCAAAAACUUCAAGACCUAGCAACAUCAAUGUUGGAGCUCUGGCAUUUGAUGGAUACACCUAUUGAAGAGCAACAGGUGUUUCAGAAUGUUACUUGUAACAUUGCAGCUUCAGAAGAUGAAGUUACUGAAUCUAACAGCUUGUCCGAGGACUUUAUUAAUCAUGUGGAGGCAGAAGUAUCUAGAUUAGAGGACUUAAAAUCAAGCAAAAUGAAAGAGCUUGUUUUCAAGAAAAGAGCCGAGCUAGAGGAGAUUUGUAGAAAGACUCAUUUGGUUCCUGAAUUUGAUGGUGCGGUCGAACAUGCUAUUGAAGCAAUAGAGUCUGGAUCUGUAGACCUUGCUGAUGUACUUGAACAAAUUGAACUUCAAAUUGCCCAAGUCAAAGAGCAAGCUUUUAGUAGAAUAGAGAUACUUGAAAAGGUGGAGAAAUGGGUGUCAGCAUGUGAUGAAGAGUCUUGGCUUGAGGAGUACAGCAGGGAUGAAAAUCGAUACAAUGCUGGUAAAGGUACUCAUCUUAAUCUCAAACGAGCUGAGAAAGCACGUGUCUUGGUGAACAAAAUUCCAGCAAUGACAGACACAUUGACUUCAAAAACAGUAGCAUGGGAAAAAGAUAAAGGCACUGAGUUCAUCUAUGAUGGUGUCCAUCUAACUUCUAUGCUUCAAGACUACAUCUCAUUACGGCAAGAGAAGGAGCAAGAACGCCGUAGACAGCGGGACCUGAAGAAACUUCAGGGACACAUAAUAGCAGAACAGGAAGUAUUGUAUGGGUCAAAAAGCCCUUCAAAGGUUCUUAGUGCAAGAAAAGCACCUAGGACGCCAAAUGGAAGUGCAGCUAGUAGAAGAGUUACCUUUGGAGGAUCAAUGCUAAAACCCGAUUCAAAACUUACUCGCUCAAGCUCCACAAAGAAGACGGACAGAGCGCACCAAAUUGAGCAAAUAAAUGACCUAGAUGAUGGCAUGUCAGGUUUAUCAUCAGCUAGAAGAUACACAUUUGGUACUGGAAUUAUUCGGGAUAUCGAAUCUCCUUUGUCACGACAACCCUUUACAACCAUCUCUUCGACAGUAUCAUCACAAGAAAAUGUGGAAAAUGCCACAGUUGAAUUAAAUAUGCAGAAGCUGAAGUUGCAGAAGACAGUAGCAGUUAACAAUUUGCCAUUCACUACUACCUCGAAGACAGACACAUUGGUAGAUGAAGAGAGUAGAACUCCAAAGGCAAUGCCUACACCAACGAGUGUGCCAAUUCCUAUGAAUAUGGCCAUGACUCCAGCAUCUUUUGGAGGUGAAUUGGUUCAAGAAAUAGAAUAUUCUUUUGAGGAAAAAAGGCUUGGCUUUGUAUUAGCAUGA